GACCUGUAGAUUUCUGCGCCCCCAAGGGUGAAUGGAGGAUGCUUCCGCGGGAGGAUGUCAGCCUCACUUGGUCAAGAAAGUUGUUGCCUGCUUCGUGAACAUGAUCUUCUCUUUGGGCCCGAUUUAUGGUUUCUCAGUAUUCCUGCCAUUCAUAAAGGCCGAUUUGGGUAUUUCUCUUCCAGAGGUGGCGGCCAUUGGCAGCACUUUGAACACGGCGACCUUUGUUGGUUCAUUUUUGGCCGGCAUCACUAUUCCGCAGAGAGCGGGGCAUGCUUCUGUGGCCCUAAUUGGUGCAAUAGGAGUUUCUAUUGGUCUUGCUUCUCUCUCGAUGAUUGAGAAAUCCUUUGCGGCCUAUGCGGCGGUGCUCUUGGCAGGUUUGGGUUUGGGUUCCACCAACUUGGCUGGCUUGGUUGCCCUCAACGCCACGGUGGCUGCGAAGAAACGGGCCACCUUCGUGGGCUUUGCAUCCUGCGGCACAAGUGUGGGCACCAUGCUCCUGCCACAUUUCUACACGCUGCUCACAGAAGCGAUGGACUGGCGAUGGGCGAUGCGCAUCAACUCUGCUGUCUCUUGCGUUUUCCUGGCUGCAGCUGCCCCCUUUUUCCGGGUGCAGGAGAACCAGGGACUGUUGGCAUCUCCCACCAGCACCCGCCAAGUCGGGGCCAAUCUUGGCAUCCAGGAGGUGAUGCGAGAUCCACGAUUUCUUUGUUGGUGGCUGAAUAUGUUUCUAUGUUUCUUGGGAUUCUAUUUACCGCCUACAUUGUUGGCUGAGUUUGCAAGAAAUGAGCUGCAUUUGUCAGCAAAUCUGACCGCCGUUUGCUACUCACUCAUUGGAGUGAGCGGGCUCUUUACACGGCUGUCGUUGGGAUGUCUCACCCACCUUCUUGGAGGGCCACGACGUCUUUUUUUCAUGGCGCAACUCCUGGUGGGUGCGUUGGCAUGCUGUUUGCCAUUUUGUCGGAACGCAGAAUCUUUGCUUGUUUGGAGUGCAGUCUAUGGUAGCAGCAUUGGUCCAAUCAUCGCCCUGGUCUCCGUUGUACUGAGCGACCUCUUUGGGACCAAGGAUUUGGCCCUGUACCAUGGCUGCUCACGCACUGGUGUGGGAGUCGGCAACCUGCUGGGCAUUCCACUUUUAAGUCUGCUGGCAGAGCAGCAGGGCUUCACUGUUGCCCUAAUCUUAUCAGGCGCUUUGGUGAGCUUCAGCACUGUCUUCCUGAUCGUUUUAGAGCUCCUGCACAGAAAGAAACUGCGGGAUGAGGUUCAAGAAGGCACAUGCUGAAUGAGUGGCACAAAACUGUGCCAGGGUCUGGCUGGGAACAAAGUUUCUCGGAUAAAAGAUCGGAGUGGACACCAUUGAUUUUGAGGGUAUGCC